CCUACAGUUACGUGCCCCCCCCCCGUUCUCCCGGUAAUUGCGGACCGGGAGCGCGCACGCCGCAGACAGGGGGCGCGCCCGUUAGAUUGUACAGGGAUAAGGCGCGUGCCCGCGGCCGAUGCUAAGGCUUUUUCUACUGCCCCGUAGUGACUGCAGAGCUCAGUACAGCAGGAAAGAAGGACAAGUUAAAAUGUCUCCUGAAGUUGCUCUGAACAGAAUUUCACCGGCACUCUCUCCUUUCAUUUCCAAUGUGGUCAGAAAUGGAAAAGUAGGAUUGGAUGCUACUAACUGUCUAAGAAUUACAGACCUGAAAUCAGGCUGUACCUCUUUGACGCCUGGACCCAGCUGUGAUCGGUUUAAGUUGCAUAUCCCAUAUGCUGGAGAAACACUCAAAUGGGAUAUAAUUUUCAAUGCCCACUACCCAGAGCUACCACCAGAUUUUAUCUUUGGAGAGGAUGCCGAAUUCCUGCCAGAUCCCUCUGCCUUACAUAAUUUAGCCUCCUGGAAUCCCUCAAAUCCUGAAUGUCUCCUGCUUGUUGUGAAAGAGCUCGUCCAGCAGUAUCACCAAUUCCAAUGCAGCCGAUUACGGGAGAGCUCUCGCCUCAUGUUUGAAUACCAGACUUUACUUGAAGAACCCCAGUAUGGAGAAAACAUGGAAAUUUAUGCUGGCAAAAAAAACAACUGGACUGGUGAAUUCUCAGCUCGCUUCCUUUUAAAGUUACCAGUGGAUUUCAGCAAUAUUCCCACAUACCUUCUCAAGGAUGUGAAUGAAGAUCCAGGAGAGGAUGUUGCUCUUCUUUCAGUCAGUUUUGAGGAUACAGAAGCUGCUCAGGUUUUCCCCAAGCUAUAUCUGUCCCCACGUAUUGAACAUGCUCUUGGAGGCUCCUCUGCCCUUCACAUCCCAGCCUUUCCAGGUGGAGGCUGUCUCAUUGACUAUGUACCGCAGGUGUGCCAGCUGCUAACUAACAAGGUACAAUAUGUUAUUCAGGGAUACCAUAAGAGAAGGGAGUAUAUUGCCGCUUUCCUGAGUCACUUUGGAACUGGUGUGGUGGAAUAUGAUGCAGAGGGCUUCACAAAGCUCACACUGUUGCUGAUGUGGAAAGAUUUUUGCUUCCUUGUUCACAUUGACCUACCUCUGUACUUUCCUCGAGACCAGCCAACUCUAACAUUUCAAUCAGUCUAUCACUUCACUAACAGUGGACAGCUGUAUUCCCAGGCCCAGAAAAACUACCCUUACAGCCCACGCUGGGAUGGCAAUGAGAUGGCCAAGAGAGCAAAAACAAGUUGCAGCAGGAACAGAAAAAUACAAAGGGCUUAUUUCAAAACGUUUGUCCCUCAGUUCCAAGAGGCAGCUUUUGCCAAUGGAAAGCUGUAGGAAACACCAGGUCUGGAGAAGAUGCCAGACAGAUUCUUACAUCCACAUGCAUGUCAGCCCCAAGAGGACUUCCUGGAAGUGGGUUGGAAUCUCUUUUUUUUGAUACUUUUUGCCUCUGGAAUAGCUUUGAUCACCACAGACUUCAUUAAGUCUAUAAAACAAGGACCUCAGCUGGCUAAUUCUAAACUGAAUAUUUGAUACUCCUUCUCCAAUCCUCUCCUACCACUAUCAUUUUCUUUUAUAGCCACUGGAUUAAAUUAAAACCUUAGUGUUUAGAUGUGAUACCAUUUCCCUGUGACAACAAUGUUUAAUGCGAUGCCUUGUUUCAGAAAUGUUUGUCUUUCAGGUGUUGUUAAGAAGUGAUUGUUUUCAUACCAAUAUUCUGUUGUUCUGAACCUUUGUAUAUUUUCAGCAUAUCCUAAUAAUAGAUAAAGCUGCCAUACUUACCA